GAGAGUUUGCGGCUGAGAUAUUAUUGGUGUUAGUGCGACAUUACAUGUAUCGCACUUUUGUUAAAUAACACACGGUCAUUUUAAGUUCUAUCUGUUUAAGUAAUACCCUUAUAUUCACAUUCACUGGCGAGGCCAGUUAAAAAUCUAUAUCCCAGUGUGUCGAAUUACCAGUGGAACAGGAUUGUUUACAGCCCUUUGACAGAACAUGGCGGCGGCCGACGACUCCCGCUAUCACAACGAUGGAUUUUCAUCAGACAGAGAAGUCUUCGGUGGUUGCAGAAUAGUCAGAGAACACGAUGACAGAUGUGGUGGCCCUCAGUUCCGGAACCGCAAGGGCCGAGGUCCGUUCAGGGCCCGCAUGCACGGGGACUACCAGGGGCAGCGGCCGUGGCGCAGAGGUGGGCCAACGGGAGGAAGAGGAGGGUUCGGCCCUAAUCCCCGCUCGCGCUUCGAGGAUGACGAUGGCGAUUGCGUCAUGGGGGCAGACAAGCAGGACGGAGCUGCCCAACGUAGAUAUAACCCUUAUGGCAGACCUGGCCGGCAUGGAGAUGGUCAUUUCGACAGGGACCGUAGAGGAGGCGGUGGGCCUGCCUACAGAGGAGGAGGGCCAGCGGGGCCUGGAGGUGGCCCAGGAGCAGGGGAUCGAGCUGGCAACAACAAGAUGGGGGGCUGGUUCAAGAUCGUAAUCCCAUAUGGAAAGAAAUAUGACAGAAAAUGGCUCUUGACAGCACUGCAAAAUCUUUGCCCAAUGCCUUUCACUCCUGUAAAAUUCAGUACAGAAGGCCACAGAGCCCUGUUCUACGUAGAAGAUGCGUCCACCGCCAAUGCGUUAGCCAAGGUCUCACGCAAGAUCACAGACACAGAGGGAUACAAGGUCAUUGUAUUCUCCAACCCCUGUGCUCCGCCAAUCGUGGAUCUGAAGCCAGAGGAGAUUGAGAGCCUGAAGCAAUGUAUGUCCAAGCGCUUUGAGGGUUCCCAGCAGGCCCUAGACCUCAGCAGCAUACGCAGUGACCCAGAUUUGUUGUCCCAGAAUGCGGAGAUCAUUCUGAACAGAAGGCACUGCAUGCUUGCUGUACUAAAGAUUAUUGAGGAAAACAUCCCAGAGUUGGUUAGUCUGAAUCUCAGCAAUAAUAAGCUUUUCAAGUUGGAUGACAUGGCAGAUCUGGCCAGCAAAGCCCCCAACCUGAAGAUCCUAAACCUCUCACAUAACGAGUUGCGGACAGAACGGGAGCUGGACCGUGUGAAGGGUGCGAAGCUGGUGGAGCUGUGGCUGAACCACAACCCCCUGUGUGACGCCUUCAAGGACCAUCCCACCUACAUCAGUGCCAUCAGAGAACGAUUCCCGCGGUUGCUGAAGCUGGAUGGACAUGAUCUACCUCCUCCCAUCGGUUUUGAUGUUGAGGCCCCCACCGUCAUCCCCCCCUGCAAGGGUAGCUACUUUGGGACAGAUGACAUUAAGAUCCUUAUCCUCCGCUUCCUACAACAGUAUUUCAGCGUGUAUGACUCUGGAGACAGGCAGCCUCUGCUGGACGCGUAUCAUGACGGAGCCAGCUUCUCACUCUGCAUGCCUGUUAGUGUACAAAACCCCUCCAGGUGCAGUUUGGGCGAGUACCAGAAAGACAACAGGAACCUCAAGAGGCUCAAAGAUCCCACAACUCGAUUCCGUUUGCUGAAACACACACGCCUCAACGUGGUGGCCUUCCUGAACGAGCUUCCCAAAACCCAACACGACACGGCCUGCUUCAACGUGGAUGUCAACACGUACACAAACACGUUGCUGUCUUUCACUGUAACUGGAGUUUUCAAAGAAGUGGACGGAAAAUCCAGAGAUUCAGUGAGGGCCUUCGCCAGGGUCUUCAUCGCGGUUCCUGCAGGGAAUUCUGGGUUAUGCAUAGUGAAUGACGAGCUGUUUUUGAGGAAUGCGACGACGGAGGAGAUCCGGAAGGCCUUUGCCGCUCCUGCCCCAACCCCAUCCAGCAGCCCCGUGCCCACUCUCUCUGCUCCCCAACAGGAGAUGCUCAACACCUUCUCCCUCAAGUCAGGCAUGAACCUCGAAUGGUCGCAAAAGUGUCUGCAAGAUAAUGAAUGGGACUUCGAUAGAGCUGCCCAAAUCUUCACUCAGAUGAAGGCUCAAGGAAAGAUCCCCGACGUCGCUUUUAUAAAGUGAUGAAAAUUAAGGAAUAAGAAAUUAAUUUGUCAUGUAGAGAGCAUAAGCUGUCUUGUGAGGAAAAAGUUUAUUCCAAAAAUCUGUUUUAUAUGGAAUUUUGUUAUUUUUGUUCGUUUUAUUAUGGGUAGGAAACACUACAGAAUGUCAUUGCCGAAAUUGUGUUUCUGUUUUAAAUUAUUUUGUACAGGAGCUUUGACAGAAUUAAAGACCAUGUUGCUGUCCA